AUGACCAACAAGAAGAAACUAAUCACGAUAAUUGGAUCCACAGCGACGGGAAAAUCAGACUUAGCUGUGCAGCUUGCAAAGUACAGAGAUGGACACGUCUUGAACGCAGAUUCUAUUCAAGUGUAUAAGGGAUUGGAUGUUAUCUCAAAUAAGAUUUCAGAGAGUGAGCAGGACUCAGUUAAGCAUCAUAUGAUGUCAUUUCUAGAUAAGGAUAAGGAAUACUCAAUUCCUCAAUUCAUCGCUGACUCUGGUUAUCUCGUUGAUAAGCUGUCGGCGCAGAAAACACUUCCGGUCGUGGCGGGGGGAACUCAUUAUUAUAUUCACCACCUUAUAUUCCAGAAUAAUCUUAUUAAGACGGACGACAUCUCCGAUAAGCCUCACUCGCUCACCACAAAUCCACAUGCCGAUUUCUACAGCAUGAUCAGUCCGCUUAGCAGCAGCGAUAAGGAUCUUAUCAUGGCCCUGCCAUCAAUAAAAGAGUCCCAGUACACCAACGUUGACAGCAGCAACACCCCGCUCUAUUCCCACUUACACCGCAUUCUCUCACUCAUUGACCCUGUAACAGCCAGCAGAUGGCACUUGAGGGACUUCAGAAAAGUCAAACGCAGCUUAGACAUUAUCUGGGAGAACGGCAGAAAGCGCUCGGACAUUGAACAAGAACAGAAAGCAUCCAAGUCAAUCGACGCACUUUCACAAACCAAGUACAAAAACUUGGUUUUCUGGGUGUACACUGAUCCUGAUACGCUGUCUAAGCGUCUCGAAAGGCGGGUUGAGAAGAUGACUGAGCAAGGUCUGUUGAAUGAAAUUGAAGAGCUGCGUGCGCUUGAGAAUGCUUUCAUUUCAAAUGGUCAACAGGACUAUACCCGCGGUCUAUUCCAAGCCAUCGGAUACAAGGAAUUUGACGCUUACUUUAAAGCUACCACGGAGAAGGAGCGGGAUGAGGCUUUCAAACAAGGUCUUGAGCUGAUGAAAAUAGGCACUCGACGAUAUGCAAUGAAGCAAUUGAAAUGGAUACAGAAUAAACUUUUACCUGAGAUAGUGGCACACCAGAAGAGUGCCAGCAGUGACGGAGUACCAUCAUCAAUAGACAUAUACAUGGUUGACUCGUCUGACAUUAGUAGAUGGGAUGAGAUGGUGGUACACCCUGCUAAAGACAUUCUCGAUAAGUUUCUCAACGAUGAACCAUUGCCCGACCCUAAAAGCUACUCGGAAGUGGCGGAGAGGCUGUUCAGCAAAGAGUCGAAACUAGCUGCAUCUAAUGCAGAGACUGGUUACCGAAAGAUUACCUGUGGUGUAUGCACGAAUGACCCUCACAACCCUAUCGUCUUAAAUGAGGGAAUGGAGUACGAGAAUCACCUGUCAUCAAAAGCACACAAAGCUAAAACACGCAAGCCGACUACAAAACCAACCCAGGAAGAGAUAGAGCGCCUGCGGAAAUUGAAAAACAGAGUAUGA